AUGCGAUCCUGCUUGUGUCGCGCUCACGUGAUCGAGAUCCCUUCCCAGCUCGUUCGGUCUUCUGCCAGCUUGUUCCCUCUACUUCCCCAUGUCCACCACCACGACAACAACCGGCCUACGUCUUCGCGCCCGACAACGAGCGUGUCUCGUCCCCGGACUCCUCGCUCUCGCCCUAACACUGCGCGCCCGCUCACCGCGACUUCUUCAAGGCACGAGUCGAGCCACAUUAUUGCGGUGAUCGAAGGCCGCGGGGUUGCCCGCGAGGUCGGCAUAGCAUGCCUCGACAAGGACACAGGACGGGUCAAUCUGGUGCAACUCGCGGACUGCCCGACGUACGUGAAGACGCUGCACCAGAUGCACCUGCACUAUCCGUCCAUCGUGCUCGUGCCGGACACGUUUGUGUCCCUGUCAGACUCGCACGCGGCCAGCGGAAAGAAGCCACAGACGACGUCGCUGCUGGUGCAGUAUAUCAUGGACGAGUUUGAGGGGGUGUCCAUCGAGCCCGUGAUGCGCAAGUAUUGGAGCGACAACGCAGGGCUCGACUUCGUCAACCAGCUGAUGGUGGAAGACGACGAACGGGCUGCAACUCUGGUUGCUGUCUCUAACAAAUACUACGCACUAUCCGCUGCCAGUGCUCUGUUCAAGUAUGCUGAGCUUCGAUUGAACACGAGGUUUGCCGCGGCUUCGCUGCGUAUCAAGUUCGCUCAAGUGGAUGGCACGAUGAUGAUCGACUCGGAUUCUGCACGCAAUCUGGAACUUGUGGGGAAUAUGACUGGAAGAAAGAACGCCCAUAGCCUGUUCGGUUUGUUGAACCACACCUACACCGCAAUGGGCGCAAGACUUCUUCGUGUCAACAUCCUUGCCCCAAUAACAGUCCGGGCUUCCUUGGAUGCACGUCUGGAUGUUGUAGAAGAACUGAUCCAAACGGAAUAUCGCUUCACCGAGAUCAAGUCCGCGCUCAAAGCGCUGAACAAGAUGGACUUUGACAAACUGAUCUCGGCGCUCGCCUCUUCCGAAGUCCGCGACACCAGCACUGCCAAGACGGCGUCCUCGCGAGUCGCCCAGAUGCUUGUUCUGCGUAACGUCGUCCAAACAAUGCCGAAGCUCGCAGCCGCGCUGGAAGGCAGCAGGUCCCAACUACUUCAAAUCAUCGCUGCGAUGAUCUCGGACAGACGGUUGGCGAAUAUCGACGCGUUGAUUUGUCGCAGCUUGAACGAAGAAGCUACUCCGGCCAAGGGUGGUCUGAAUGCAGUUAAUUCUCGAGUAUAUGCGGUACGCGCCAACUUCAAUCGCCUGCUGGACGUUGCGCGCGAAACGUACAAGGAAAAUGUUGGAGAUAUCUACGCCUUGCGCAACCGACUCGUGGAUGAACACGGCCUGCCAAUCACACUCGUCUAUCGCGACGGUGACGGUGGCUUCGUGCUUGCUCUCAAGAAAUCAGACCUAGAGAACGACGGCGGUCAAAUGCCUACAGGUUUCGUCGACAUGACAGCACAGAAAGGCCGAUGGGUGUUUUCUAGCAUUGAGCUGAAGAAGCGCAACGCUAGGAUGAAGGAUGCAUUGGACGAGACGUUGAUUUUAAGUAACAAGAUUAUUCAAGAUCUCACAGAUGAGAUUGUGGUUGACAUAGGUGCAUUGUACAAAGCCUCGGAAGCCGUUGCGCUGCUAGAUGUUUUGUGGUCGUUCGCUCAUGCAUCAAUCCCCCGUCCGGAGUUCACUGGAACUCUUGCCAUCAAGGCUGGGCGUCAUCCAGUGCUUGAAACUGUCCAGUCGGCUGGAGCAACCGUGGCUAACGACGUCUACUGCUGCGAAGCUUCGUCUUUCCAGAUUGUCCAAGGUCCCAACAUGUCGGGCAAAACGACUUAUCUGAAACAAAUUGCGCUUUUGACUGUCAUGGCUUUGUGCGGCUGCUUUAUCCCGGCGGAGUACGGGUCCUUCAGGCGAGUACCAGUUUGCCGUGGCAGCGUUAUCUCAAUUCAUGACAGUCUCCUCACACGACUCUCCAAUGAUGACGACUUGGAGAAGAGCCUGAGCACCUUCGCGAAUGAGAUGGCUUCCUCGGCAAUGAUAUUGGGUCUCGCCACACAAAACACCCUUGUUUUGAUCGACGAAGUGGGCCGUGGUACAUCCGUCAGAGAAGGAGUUGGGAUAUCUCAUGCCAUAGCAGAAGAGCUUAUCAAACUCAAGGCGUUUGUCUUCUUUGCAACCCACUUCACCGAGCUCACGACAACUCUGUCGCGUCAUCCCUCCAGGUCGGCAUCUACAACUUCCAAGUUCGGCUUGACCUUCCACUACAAAAUAUUAGACGGUGCCCAAGAUGACUUGGCUCACUACGGCAAGUCCAGGCUUGACCUCGCCAAGUUGGCAGACUUGCCUGCGCCAGUGAUCACUGAGGCACGACGGGUAGCUGAAUAUCUUAGCGACAAAGAGGCACGGGAGCAACAGGAAAGUCGGUCGCACAAGCUCACCAUUCGACGAAAGGCGCUGCUGAAAUUGAAAACACAACUUGGGCAAGCCCUCGAUCAUUCAACACUGCCAGACGAGGAGCUGGCGCACUACCUCCUACGCGUGCAGAAGGAUAUCACAGCCGUGUUGAAAGAAACUAUGUAA